AUGGUUUCUCCUUCCUCCACCCUGGCAAUGAUGAAGCUGGCAGAGCCUGCCCGGUUCACUCAGCAUGGCAUGCCCGUAGCCCUACCCACACGCUGCACUCAGCUCCACGAGAAGUGUCUGGUCAGCGGCUGGGGCUCCACCGUACCGGGACAGGGUGAGUGGACCAUAAAGCCAGGGGAGGGCUAUAUGCCUCACAACUGCCUGUCUGACCAGGGCAGUACUGUGGUGUGUGGGGGUGAGCUUCAGGGGUUGCUCUGGUCCAGUUCUUCUGACGUUGGUUUGUACACCCGCCUGUGCCUGUACCUUGACUGGAUCAGUGACAUCAUGAACACCCCUGAUCCUACACAUGAACCUGCGUGGACCACCCCAGCAGCAGCUACAACAUGGUGA